AUGGCCACAGAGAUUGACCCCUUGGACAUGCUCAUCAGGCCUCCUCGCAACAGCUUUGAAGAGGUGGAUGCCUACUGGUCCUACCUGGAGUGCACAACACCUCACUGUGGUGGAUGGCUGUGGAGGAGGCACUUGGCAGAUGCCACAUGGGGUUUGAAGUGCUACCACUGCAAUGCUUCUUGGAGGGAAGCAUACUUGCAGUUUGGGUUCAGUCACUGGAACCCAGUGGCCAAAAGAAGGACCAGGCUGGAGCCACAACAGGCAGAAUCUUGCAGGAGCCUGUGCAAGCUCAGCAAGCUCUUGACUGCCCUGGUGGAGGUGUCACCUUCUGCAAAGGUGAAGUGCAGGUACCUGAAGCACAGCAUGGUGUACUUGCAGCAGACAUGGGGCUGUGAGCUGCUGUCUGCACACUGGACAUGUGAGAAGGGCUUGCUGGCAGGGAGGGCAGCAGAUGCACUGCUUGUGGUUCUAAACCACUGGAGAAGGUGCACUGCUUCCCCCACAGCAUGGCAAAGGUUUUGCUCCAAGCUGGAUGAAAGCCAAUGCCAGCUGAUGGAGCAGGUGAAAAAGAAGAUGGUGAUUGAGAAGCCAAAGAGAAAGCUGCUGCCAAAUGUGUCAGAUGUGAGCAUGGACUCCAAGGGCUUCCCAGCCAUGACAGCCCAUGGAAAAGAGGAGGAGGAGGAGUCAGAAGAAGAAGAAGAGGAAUAUGAUGAGACAGAGAAGGAAGAUGAGGAUGAGAAGGAGGCUGUGACAAAGAAGGCCAAAAAAAGCGACCUGGAUGCCAUGGAAAGUUCCCCACCACAUGUGGUGAAAAAGGACUGGAGAGCUGCAGCAGGCUGCAACAUAAAGAAGCCUGCCUCCAAGCUGGUGGGCAAGAAGAAGGGGAAGGUGAGUGUUGCAGGCCUUGCAAAAGGGCCUAAAGCAAAGACAGGCCCUGGAAAAGGGCCUAGCAAGUGCAAGGGCACUGAAAAAGUGCUCAUUCACCAGGCUAGCAACACAACCAAGACACACAAGGAAUUGGUGGAACUUUUGCUCCCUGCCUGCAAGAAGGCAAAGGCCACAAAGGCUGAUGUAGGGCCUGGCUUCUGCACACAGCAACUGGGCCUUGUACAAGGGCUCCCACUACAGGCCUUGGAAAGGGGCUUGGACUUGGAAGGUCCUGCAAAAGGGCUGGCAAUGGAACCAAAAGAGGAGCCAGACUGGGAGGCUGAGCAAGUUCCAAGAAGGAACAGGAAGUCUUGGGCUGACCUGGCUGCAGAAGAAAAGAAGGAGCCUGCCAAAAAGGAUGGCAAGCAUGAGCAGAAAAAUGAAUGGUGGGAGGAUGACUGGAAAAAAGGUUGUAAAAAGUGGGAUGACUGGUGGGAAGAAAAAGAGGAGCAAUGGCAAGCAUGGUCCAAAAACAAGAGGUGGGAACCAGAUGGUGAGGAUACAGAAGAGGAGGAAGUGCCUUCCAGCAGCACCCAGAAGAAAAACAAAUGUGGCUCACAGAAAGAAAGGGCCAAGAGAAGGUGGCUCAUGAAAACCUGCAAGAAUGAGAGCCAAGAGGAAAAGGAGAAGCUGAAGCUGGGUGCCUUGGGAGCAUGCAGGCUGAAAAGGCUCCUGGACAGGCAAGAAGACAGGAAAAACAAGCUGGAAGCAGCCCAGCUGGCACAGGCAGCAGCAGCAAAUGCUGCAGCUGCUGCCCAAGCUGCCCAGGCUGCAGCUGCAUCUGCCCAAUGGCAACAAUGGCAGAUGCAGCAGGCCCAGCUGGUGGAAGCCCAAGCCAUGUGGCACCACCAUGCCUACUACCAAGGUCAAGGUGGCCAGCCACACCAAUGGGGCUGGCACCACCAGACCAUGGAGCAGCCUGUGGAGCAGCCCAAGCAGCCAAAGCCACACAGGCAACAGCCAGGACCAGUGGCCACUGGCAGUGCUGCAGCUGGUGCUGGUGCAAAAGGAGGAUCCCAGGGGCCAGCCCCAGCACAGCCUGGGAGAAAAGGCCAAGGCAAGACUGCCAGGCCAAAGAGGGCAACACACCCACCAGCUGACCUGCAUGGCAAGAGGGCUGAAGCUGCAGGGGCACUGGAUGGGAUUGAAGUGAAGGAUGAGGAGUCCUCUGAUGGCUGGCAUGAGGAAACUUCUGUUCAGCAGCAUUUAGGUUUUUUUGGCCUUGAGAGAGGGCUACCCAAGAUGGCACCCAAAAAGGUCAUGAAGGUGCUGAACUUGAAGUUAAAAAGGCCUGCAAGUGCCUUAGACCAGCUGAAGAAAGAUGAAGGAGAGGGAAUGAGCUUGGAAGACAAGAUGGCUGCCUUUCAGAAGAAAGGCAACCAGGAUGUGGGGCAGUUCCUGGACACCCUGACAAAAGGUCAGAGGGAAGCACUGUGGCAGAGGUUCUCCUCUGCCAGAGCCAGCAUGAAGGACAAGGAGUGUGAUAACCUAUGGCAGGAAGUGGCCAAAGGAAAAGGCAGUGACCCAGCAAAGAAGAAGCUUUUGGGCUGCUUCUUGAAGCUGGGAGGAGACCUGAAGGGGAAAAGGGAGGUGUACCUCCAGGAGCUGGUGUCUUACACCAAAAGCUCUGGUGAAAGGAGCUCAGAGGAGUGGGUGCCUUUUGCUGUGGUGCUGCAGCGGUUUGGCCUCCAUGAGUGCAUGAGAAGGGUAAAGAGAGGCAGCAUAGGUGUCAGAAAAGACCCUGCUGACCCUGCUGAGUGGCAGUUCACCUUGCGGAAAAUAAUCACAUGGACUGAAGAGAAAAGCCAGCAUGAACUAAAAGGUGAAGCAAAGGCCAAAGGAGAAGCCUGUCAGUGGCUGGAGCUCAAAGCCCAAGGCCUUCUGGCAGAUGGGGAAGGGCCUGCUGCAAGCUCCAAGGCUGCCAAAGCUUUGGAGGAUGUGCUGAGCAAAGACAAAAGCAAGUUGGCAAUCAUGGACAAGCAGUCUGGGCAAGCAAGUGAAGAAGAGGCAGCAGCCAGCCCUAAGAAAGAUGAGGAUGAUCAGGUGGUGGAAGCUGACCUUCUCUCUGAGAUGGGAAGCAAAGUUGCUAAGGAAGAGGCCCAAGUGAGGGUGAAGAGAAUGAUGAAGCUCCUGAAAGGAGUGAAGAAGGAGGUUGGUGCAGCAAAGGCUAAGUCUUUGGACCUGUGCCUGGCUGACCUUCAGAAGCUGGACAAGAAAGGGAAAAAGGUCAGCCUGGAAGAAGCCAAAGGGAAGCUGUUUGAUGCUGCCCUGCAGAUCAAGAAGGAGCCCACUGCAGAGGAGCAUUUGAGCCCUCUUGGCCUAGCACUUCUGGAGCAAUUUGCACAUGGGAUGUCUGGCCCUUCUGUUCAACACCUUGCUUUGGCUGCUGUGAAGUCUGGUGCUGCAACAGAUGACAUCCAAGUCUUGGCCAGCCUGGGAAACUUUGGCAGGAAUGAAAACCAUGUGGCAGGACAAAUCACUUCAAGGUUUUGCAAAAAUGAUUCCUUGGACCUCCCUGUGCCUUACUGCUUUGAAGCUCCAGUCUUGAAGAAAGGCACAGACAGCUGGUACCUAGCAAAUCAGACUUUGGCAGUGUUCUUGCCCCAUGAGUGGUUCUCUUGGGUGGAACAUCAUGACAAUGUUUCUGGCUUUUCUGGGUUGCAGAGCUUUUGGGAUGAGCAUGAUGCUGCUGAUCCAAAGCUGUGCAAGAAUCCCAUGAAGGGCAGCAGGCACCUGUACCUGCCUCUGGUCAUUCAUGGGGAUGGUGGUCAAUUUCAAAAGUGGGAUUCAAUCACUAUCAUCUCAAUGAGAUCACUCCUAUCAGCUGACAAUGUUGCAUCCAGCCAAAUGCUCCUAGCAGCUAUCCCCAAGGGCUGCCAGCACAAGAGUGAAAACCCAGAUGAAGACACCAUGACAGUGGUUUGGAAAAGGGUCAGAGGCUGCUUGUUCUAUGUCACUGCAGAUGGGGAGUUCCUGCAAAAUGAACUCAAGCUGCCUGGGCACAGCCACAACUCCUGCUGCUUUUCUUGCCAAGCAAACAAGAGCGACAUACCUCACAAUGACUUUAGAGCUACAGCAAAGUGGAGAUCUACCUUGACCAAGCCUGGGACACCUCUUCCUGGUGGCCACCCUCUUGGUGCAGUACCUGGCCUGAAUACAUUCAGUGUCCACUAUGAUACUUUGCACUGCCUGGAAGAAGGGGUAGCAGCACAUGCCCUGGCCAACACCUUCUUUGACCUAGUUGUGAGAGGCCAUGCUGGAGCUGGGACCCAGGAUCAAAACCUCCAGGCUGUCUACAGGCAGAUGAGGCAACAGUACUUGGAACAAGGCAUAGAUGCCAGCCACAGGAUUAAAAAAUUGAGCCUCACAAAUUUUUCAGCCAGGGAGAAGAAGUAUGAAAAGUUUCCUGAUUUAACAGGAUUCAAGGCAAAGCAGAUUCGCUACCUUGUGCCUGUGAUGGCAGAGAUUCCGCAGUUCUACACUGAUGAGGAUGAUGCCUAUAGCCUCCAUAGGCUCCAAUGCUUACAGAACUUGAACAGCAUGUAUGAGCUCAUGGACUGUGGCCUUCACAUGGGCAAGGAGAGCAUCUUGCAGUUCAAAAAAGUUACAGACCUGUGUCUUCUUCACUUUGCAAGGUGUGCAAAGCUGGCUAUGGAAGCUGGGUUGCUCCAAUGGAACCUGAUCCACAAGCACCACCUUGUUGCCCACAUGCCUGCUCAAGCUGCCUAUUUGAACCCAAAGCUGGUCUCAACAUACUCAGGUGAAACAAUGGUGGGAUUUAUGGCCAGCCUGGCCCAUGCCUGUCUGAAUGGAAGUCCUCCCCACUUGGUACCUGAAAAAGUCCUGUGGAGGUUCAGGUUGGGAAUGUGGCUGAAAUACAUCCAUGGAUCAGAAACUUUGGAGUCUGAGAGCAGCAGUGGUGAGUAG